AUGUUGUCAAUCAAAGAUUCGAUCACACGGUUGAGUAAAGCCGUGCGACAAAUUGAAUCAAUAACGCCCGUUAAAAGAUCAGAUAAGUCGAGUACCGAGUUUAAGAAGGUUGACGGGAGUAAAGAGAAGACGGUGAGGUAUAAGUCGGACCGAAGUAUCCCUGUGACUGAUCUUCGGAGGUUUAAGCCAUUGGCUCGAGAGUAUAAUCAGGGGAUGUUCAAAGAGUUUUUGGAGCCAUUGAAUAUUCCAACGUUAAAAUCGUUACAAAAGGAAAGAAAUAGAUACCCGGUGGAGAAGGCUCGAGAUAACUGGAAGAGGAAGAAUAACAGUGUAUAUGAAUUCCAACUUUUCUUAGAGAAUCAAGCCAAAUUUAAGAAAAUGGUGGAAUUAUUAGUCGAGUUAACUCCCGAAGAAUUGAAAUCGCCAGAGAAUACUACCAAUCAUAUUGUUUUAAAGCGAUUAUUGACUAAGAAUAAAGAGGAAGUUUUGAAUAGUAGAAUUGAAGGAAUACCCGAAUUUUAUUUUGGAGAAAUACCACCAAUACCUAAACCGUUAACUGCUGAAAGCUUUGAAAGAUAUAUCUACUUUCUCACUCAUCUGAAAAUAUUAUAUAAGAAUUCAUCAUCGUUCAAAACUGGGAUAAUACCUCAUAUAUUACUUCAUACUCAUAAACUUAGUAAUGAAGAAUAUAAACCGUAUAGAUCAGCAAAUACAUUCAAUUAUUUGAUUAAAUAUUUUGGAUAUGAUAAACAUCAAAGUCGAUUUGCAAGAGAGUUAUCAUUGGCUAUGAAGAUAGAUGGACAUUCGUUAAAUGUUGAGAGCAUUAAUAAUCUUAUUAGAUUGGUGAAAAAGCAAUCAAAUAUUCGAUCUUUAGAAAGUUCAUACAGUCGAAUUUGUAAAUAUUUAAAGAUUGCUAAAUUAUUAAGAUUACAAGUGAAUUUAACUACUUGGAAUAGGGUAUACGAUUGUAUUGAUAAUACAAUGUUAAAAGAAGCAUUUAUUCAAAGAAUCAUUCAAAGCAAUAUUCCGAUUAAUGAAAAUUUAAGUUAUAGAAUAGUUGAUGAUUAUAUGAAGAUUCUUGGUGGAGAUAAUUUACCACAAGUGAUCAAUUUUAUUGAGCAAGAUUUAAAAAUCAAAGACUGGGGGCAAAACAGUGUUUUAUUGAAUAAAGUUUUAUAUUAUAGUAUUGUUAAUUGCAAACUGAAAUUAGAAUUUCGAGAAAUAUGGGAAAAAUUAAUAAUAAACCCCAGAACUAAAAUUGAUAAGGAUAGUAUGAGCAAAAUACUAUUAGGAAUGAAGCAAAAUGAAUAUUUUAACAAUGAUAAAAUAACUUUCAUGUUAACAAUUUAUUGCAAAUUGCAAAACAAUUCAAAGUUUAAUAAAUUAGAUACCUCUCCCUACGUAUUCAGGCAUAUAAUAACCGAGAUCUGUCGAAUUGCUGGACCUUACGAGCUAGACAAAUUAGGGAAAGUAAUUAGAAUUUUAGUUCAUGAGGAAGCAACCAAGGAAUUGGGAUUACCAAUAGAAGUAACCAAGUAUAUCAAGGAAAAUGUACCACCACGAAGAGGGGAAUUAAGCAAGAUUGAUGAAUUUAAUUUUAAAAAGUUUAUUCCUGAAGAAGUUUGCGAAAACUUUAAAAUUAUGAAACGGUUGAUUGGAUUGAGAUUAAAUAGCUUUGAAGGAAACUUUAUUUACUAUCAAUGGAUAAAGUUACGAUUAGAUCAAAACAAUGGUAUAAUAAAGUAUCUAAGUGAUUCAUUAACUGAGAAAGAAAUACAAGAAUGGCAAAUUUUGAAAAAUCAAUUAGUACAAAUAAACUUUGACCAAGUUAGCAAAUUCAAAGAACAGAUUGGUGAAGUCAUUAAUGAAACUAUUUCAAUACCUCGAGGCAUUGGAACCAAGUAUGAAAAAAUCCAAUUUGCCAAAUUGAAUAAGUCUGAAUUGAGAGAUAAGCUAUAUCAAAUAAAUCAAGGGCCCAAAGAGUACUUUGAAUUACAAAUGAAAGAACGAGGGAUAAUAUACUAG